AGAACCUAUCAUCAGUUUUCGAAAAGGAGGCAGUGAUGCAAAGUUUGACACGCUUCUUUUUGUUUUUCACUUUCUCUGGACUUGUGGACUAGUUAAAUCACUCAUUGAACGGGAGAGUACCACUAGUAUAGGCAUUAGCAGGGUUGGCUAAGCGUGGGUCUCAGCUGCAAUGGCCGUCGGAGUUCUUGCUUUACAGGGGUCUUUCAACGAACACAUAGCAGCGCUUAGGAGACUGGGUGUGAAGGGCGUAGAGAUUAGGAAGCCUGAACAACUGGACAGCGUGACCUCCCUUAUCAUCCCUGGAGGAGAGAGUACCACCAUGGCUAAGCUCGCCGAGUACCACAACCUGUUUCCUGCUUUGCGUGAAUUUGUUAAAAUGGGGAAGCCUGUUUGGGGGACCUGUGCAGGGCUUAUCUUCUUGGCAGACAAAGCUAUUGGACAGAAAACAGGAGGGCAGGAGCUUGUUGGGGGCUUAGAUUGUACUGUUCAUAGGAACUUUUUUGGCGGUCAGAUUCAGAGCUUUGAGGCAGAGAUUUCAGUACCUAACAUUGCAGCUACGGAAGGUGGUCCUCCGAGUUUUCGUGCAGUUUUUAUCCGUGCUCCUGCAAUCCUUGAAGUGGGACCAGAAGUUGAAGUGCUGGCCGAUCUUCCUGUUCCAUCUGACAAAACAGUUGAUUCAAGUUUUGCUUUAGAAAGCCAAGAGGAGAGUUCCGGAUCUGAGAAGAAAGUGAUUGUGGCGGUAAAGCAAAAUAAUUUGUUAGGGACUGCCUUCCAUCCUGAAUUAACUGCAGACACCCGAUGGCACAGUUACUUCUUGAAGAUGGUGAAUGGGGUCGGAGAAGGGUCUUCAAAUAGCAUUUUGACAGCGGGGGAGGAUCUAAGCCUCUACCAACUACCCAAGAUUGAUCUUCCUAUAUUUCAAUAGCACCAAUAAAAUCACAAAAAGAUUUUAUGAUAAAAGAAUUGGUUAUAUUUUACCCUCCCUUAUUUCUUUUCUUUUUCUUAUUUUCUAGAAAUCCUACGUGUUUUACUAGCCUUCAAUCUUUGAAGAUGUUCAACCUGUCCAUAUUUAACAGGAAUUAAAAGUUUGCUUAAGGUGAUUGAAUCCCAUUAUAGGAUUGUUUUUAAA